GCUAAAACUAGACAGCUUUCUGAGCUCUUGACGGCUUUUAUGCGGUUUUGUAAUGUAAAUGUAGGUUUUUCAUCGUAUCUCGGAGACACAGUAAACCGUAAACACAAAACUAACAUACACUUGAUAAGCGAGGACGUAUAAUGGAUACUCUCAUUCAUCUUCUUUUAGAAAAUCUUCUUUGGGUUUAAAUCUACUCUUUUUAGAAUUGAAUAUCGAAGGCCAAGGUUUAAUACAAUUGGCAGCGAAUCUAGAAGACUUCAAGCGAAGGACAAAGAGCGGAUUGAGUGAAAAUUUAAGAAUAUCUUGUUGACAAGAGAAAAGAUUUCUUCGCGGCUGAAAGUCACGUUUUACCACCAUGUCGAAAAAGCAUCCCAAUAUGGGCGGUAACAGAAUUCACCAAGUGGUUCUUGCUCGUUCUGCGGCUUUGAAAUUCAAAGCUUUGUCGACCAGUCUUGUUGUGCAGCGCCGACGGAACGCUGAUAAAGGAGAUUUUCAAGUUACACAUGUCGAUGAGCCUGUAGCUGCAUCGGAAACGCGUAGAGUACCGUUACCAGUCGAAAGCACUAGUUCGCCACGACGAUCGACCGUAUCGACUGUCAUCACACCGUAUUCACUUGCCUUCAAGAAUCAGACUCCCCAAAGCACAUAUCGUCUAGAGCCGACAGAGAGAUUCCGAGAAGGGAAAGUGAAAACGAUCAUUGAGGAAACGUUCAACAGCGAGUUAAAGGAUCUUUCAUACAGCCCCGAAGUGUGCUCACGCAUGACCAAGAAACUAUGCGACAUGAUUCAGCAAAAAGUAAAGAAUUUGCAAUUUUCACGCUACAAAUGCGUGACAGUCAUAUUUCUAGGGCAAAAGAGUGGCCAAAGCGCUCGAGUUGCUAGUCGCUGUGUUUGGGAUACAAGGUUUGAUAAUUAUGCACAGUUUGUUUAUGAAGGAAGUAAGGAUGUAUUUGCCAUUGGUACUGUUUAUGGUAUCUACCAUGAGUAACGAUUACUUCCAGUAGUAAUGACCACUGA